AUGCUUUUUGGGACCACGAGCCUGCAAAAUAAAAAUUACGAAAGAACUUCACGAGGCUCGUUUAACUGCCAUAUGAAUCAGAAGCUUCCAUUUACUUCGUCAAAGGAUACUGUAUAUUUGUUCCUUUUCAUCAUUGUAUUUUUAUAA